AUCACCCACAAUUCAGUGCGGGGGCGCCGUCGGCGUUGUGGGGACCGGGGCCCAAUUCUGAGGCCGGCUGUGGGAGCAGGGCGAGCGGACACUGAUUCAGGCUGCGAUGCCGCCCAAGAAAUCCUCGAGUCAACCCAGCAAAAAGACUGAGCAGAAGAAAAAAGAGAAGGUCAUCGAGGAUAAGACCUUUGGCCUGAAGAACAAGAAAGGAGCAAAACAGCAGAAAUUUAUCAAAACCGUCACUAAUCAAGUCAAGCAUGGACAGACAGGUGGAAAACAGGUACCUUUCAGUGAAGAAAAGAAGUCAAAAAAAGAUGAUAAAAAGAAAGAGCUCCAAGAAUUGAAUGAACUUUUUAAACCUGUAGUAGUUGCUCAGAAGAUCAGCAAAGGAGCAGAUCCCAAAUCUGUCGUCUGUGCUUUUUUCAAGCAAGGCCAAUGUACCAAGGGUGACAAAUGCAAGUUUUCACAUGACCUAUCCCUGGAAAGGAAGAGUGAAAAACGCAGUAUGUAUGUAGAUGCACGGGAUGAAGAGCUUGUAAAAGACACAAUGGAAAAUUGGGAUGUGAGAAAGCUGGAAGAAGUUGUACAAAAAAAGCAUGGUGAUUCAGAACAGAAGAAAACUGUCAUAGUAUGUAAACAUUUCCUUGAAGCCAUAGAGAAUAACAAAUACGGCUGGUUCUGGGUCUGUCCUGGAGGAGGAGACACGUGUAUGUACCGCCAUGCCUUACCACCAGGCUUUGUAUUGAAAAAAGACCAGAAAAAAGAAGUAAAGGAAGAAAUUUCACUCGAAGAUUUAAUAGAAAAAGAGCGAGCUGCCUUGGGACCGGAUGUAACCAGAAUUACCCUAGAAACCUUCUUGGAGUGGAAGAAAAGGAAGAGACAGGAAAAGUCUGAAAAAAAGCUGCAAGAACUAGAAAAGAGAAAAGCAGAUUUUAAUGCUGGCAAAGCCUUUGGUGUGAGUGGUCGAGAAGUCUUUGAAUUCAGACCUGAUUUGAUUAGUGCUGAUGACGAAGAAGCAGAUGAAACACAGUACCUACAAGAACAAGGCGAAGAGGUUGAAGAAACAGUACAAGUCAAUGACAUUGACGUUUCCCGAUUUGUGCCAAUAGAGAUAAAUAAUACUGGUAUUACAGUGUCAACUGGAAAUGAACGGAUGGGUGCAACACACUCUGCAAAUUUACCUAAAGAAAUUUCCAAUGAUACUGAUGAAAACAAAUUAGCUGAGGCCUCAGGAGGAGUUGCUAAUGGAAGUGAAGAUGGUAAACUGGACGGAGAACUAGAAGAUGGUCAUAUCGAUGGUGUCCCUGUAGAUGAGAAUCUCUUCACCGGAGAAGAUCUUGAUGAGUUAGAAGAAGAGUUAGAUGACUUGGAUUUAGAAGAUUAAGGAAUCUUGGAAGCAAACCUUGUUUAGUGCAAACUUGGAGAUUCAAGUUCAAAAGACUUCACAUUAAAUAAACACCCCUCUGAUUUCUUUAAUGUUUGACCCCAUAGACCUUUCCUGUGCUAUUUUAAAAAAUAAUACAGAAAUAAGGUAUGUUGACCCUUGCCAUGGUCACACAUUUGCCUUGUAAUCCACCAAUAGUUGAGAUCUGCCUUUAGAAAAUUGUCCAAAAUGUGAGUAAGCAAGUAUUUAAAAGGAUUGCCAACUGUAACUUUGAAAUUCAAUAUUAAAAUGUUAUUUAUUCUUUUGGGAAGCAAAUAUUUUAAAUGGCUCAAAUGUAAAUUUUUAUUUUGAAGAACAAUAACUAUUUCUUUUAAAAAUAAUGCUUUGGACUCAAUUUUGGACAAGAAAGCUGUUUUGAACCACCAAAACAUAGGAUAUGGAAUUGCUUACUUAAAGCGACACAGUUAAUCAUUUCAACUCAAUCAUUCUGAAGAUCAUUUCUAUGUGGAAUGUUUAGAGUGGGUUGAUCCAGGUUUUGAAAUGCCUAAUGCCACAUUAAGUAGUGCAUCAAGCACCACUGCUGAGCCCUGGUUUGAGUUCAUAAUGAAGAGUAUAAAUUGGCACUGUUACAUAUUGAACUGCUUGAAAUGAAUGAUGCAAUUGUCCAAUUUUUGAAAUUUUCAUGAGCAUUUAUGUCUGUGCAAGUUGUAAAUAAAGUGUAUUUGAAAAAACUAGU